AUGGACCGCAGUCUGGAUGAGACAAUAGCUGAACGACAGAGGCAGCCGCGUGGCCCUCGUCGUGGAGGAGGCCAACCACCACGCAGCAACAGAGACUACAACUCCAAUUCUCGCAAUUAUCCUCGCGAUGGCAUCAGAAAGUCUACAAAGGAUGACCGAACAAACCUCGAUAACGACUGGGUUCAUGACCGAUACGAAGACGACCCUGACACAUCACGCCGGCCCUAUGAGAAGCCGAGAGAGCGAAGGGAUCGCAGAGAUGACCGUCGCGAAGACGAUUACGAGCGCACCAAAGAACCACCCCAUGCCAAACUCCGAGUUGAAAAUCUGAACUACGAAUUGACUGAGGAGGAUAUCUACGAUCUCUUCACCCGUAUCGCUCCGGUUCUGGAUGCGAAGCUUCGCUAUGAUCGAGCUGGGCGAUCUGAUGGCAUUGCCUUUGUCACUUACCAACAUGUGGAAGACGCUAGAGUUGCAAUACGUGAAUUCGAUGGCGCCAACGCAAAAGGACAACCAAUCCGAAUCACACUGCUUCCACCACCACGCCGCGACAAUCCAUUUGACAGAGUUGAGAACCCGAAAAGUUUGUUUGACCGAAUCGAGGCCCCUGGUGGACGCGAUCGAAGAAGAAGCGGAAGUCCGAUUGGAGAGCUUGAUGAUGACCAGGGUGCACGCAGACGAGGUCCGGGGCCGCGAGACAGAAGGAGUGAUGUUACAAAGCCUGCACCUGAUGGUAUCGAUCGUUAUAUUCCUGGACAACGAGGAGGGAGAAGUUCUAGUCAUCGUGGUGGUGGUCGACGCCCAGGUGAAAGACGCGAGCGUUCGACUCGAGACAAUGAAGGUCAGAGGACGUCCAAUGGGAGACCUCGGAAGACUGCUGAAGAGCUUGACGCUGAAAUGGACGAUUACUGGGGCGGCGGUGCUACUAAACCCGAAAACGGAACUGGCAUAGGCGCUGUCCCGACUGUCUCUGGACCUGUCGGCGGUGAUGACAUUGACAUGAUUGAAUGA